CAUAGGAGCCCCGCGCUGCGCCGUGCCGCGCCGCGCCGCGCUGCGUGGAGAGUCCACUCCCCAGGAGGUGUGACCUGGGGGCUGGAGUCCUUAGUACCCGUGCGAGGGGGUGUCUGAGCGCGCGGAAGGGUGAGAUAAGGGACCAUGUGAUUCACCUGAGCACUGGGCUAGUGCAGGAGGAGGGACCCAAGAGCAGGUGAAGGGAGGCGCAGAGUGGAUACCUGCAGGAGGCCGUCGGAGCCAAAUAGAAGGAGGAAGAGGAGGAGAAAGGUGCUGCUGGUGGGACAAAACUCCCCAGCUCCCCAGCGACAAUGUCUAUUAAGAGGAAGAACUGGUCCGCACUGUCAAGCUUGGCACUGCAAAGGACUUUGGAGGAUGAAGAGGAGCAGGAGCGAGAACGACGUCGGAGGCACCGAACCCUGAGUUCAACUACAGAUGAUGAAGCCCCCAAGGUCACCCACAAUGGUGACCAGCCAGCAGUGGAAAGGCUCCCAAGCCUGGAGGAAGCUGAGGCCCCCAAGCUUCAUUCCUCCGUCAAAGAUGAAGAGGAUGAGAAUUUCCAGGCAGUUCUCAGAACGAGGCAGGAACGGAGGCUGCGGCGGCAAGCCCUGGAGGCUUCCCAGCCCCCCAUCAAGGAGCAGUUAGAAGCAGAGGAGAAAAAAGAGAACCAGGGUGCAGUGUGGGUCACACAGCAGCCCCCAGUGUCCCAGAAGGACAUAGUUCCUCCACCUAGACGAAGGUUAAGCCAGAAGCAGAGAGGACCCUGGGCCAAAGAUGAGAAGAGUCUGGAGGGAGGAGAGACAAAGGAGGAGAAGACAUUGGACCAAAGGACAGUUUCAGCCCCAGAAAGGACACCAAUCCAGGACCAGACGGCCUCAGAGAAAAAAUUAGUUUCAGAGAAGACAUCAGCUCGGGACCAGACAUCUCCAGAAAAGAAAUUAGCUUCAAGGAAGACACCAUCUUCAGAGAAGGUAUCAUCCCUAGAAAAGACAUUGACCCCUGAGGAAGCAUCGGUCCCAAAGAAGGCAUUAACUGGGGAAAAGCCACUAAUUUCAGUGAAGACAUCGGGCCAAGAGAAGGCAGUAGUUUUAGAAAAGGUGUCUGCUUCUGAGGAAUCCUUGGUCCCAAAGAAACUAUCAGCUCGGGAGAGGGCACUGGCUUUUGAGAGGGCAUCAGCUCAAGAGAAAACAUUGACUCCAGAGAAGGGGUCGAAUCGGGAAAAAGUACUGACCUUGGAGAAGACUUCAGCUCAGGUAAAAGCAACAGCUUCAAAGAAGCUGGGCCUGGAACAGGCCCCAGUUCAGGCUCAAGAGCAGAAGGAUUCUGAAGGAGGUGUGCCAGAAAAAAAGGAACAAAAAAUAAGGGAGACUUCAAAGAAGUCACCCUCCUCGGAGGGACCUGGAGAGGAGAAGAAGUCAGAACCUCAGGCAGUGGCCUCUCGCUUCCGGCCCUUCACUCUCCAGGUAAAGAUUCCAAGCAGCAAAGAGGCAGAAACAGAAUUGACUUCUCCAAGCCAGAUCACCUACAGCAGUUCCCUCAGACGCUCCAGCUCCAGGACCAUCUCCUUUCGGAUGAGUCCUAGGAAAGAAAACUCAGAGACAACGUUUACCCGUAGUGCCAGUGUGAGGCUCCCGAGCAAUACAGUCAAGUUGGGGGAGAAGUUGGAGAGAUACCAUACAGCUAUACAGAGGUCAGAAUCUGUUAAGUCUCCAGGCUCUUCCAGGACUGAGUUCUUCGUGGCCCCUGUUGGGGUGGCCAGCAAGCGGAGCCUCUUUGAGAAAGAGCAAGUCAGGAACAGCAGAGCUGAGCCACCUCUGAGCAGAAAGGAGGACCUGAGACUCUCAGGUGUGGUGACCUCACGGCUCAACCUGUGGAUUAGCAGAAGCCAGGAUGCUGGAGGAGACCAGGACUCCCAGGACUUAAGGAAGGAGACAACACCUACCAAGAAGACUUCAUGGGGAAAGCAAGCCACCUCUCCCACAGAUGUCUAGCUAUGACAAGAGGUGCCCAGAUGAGAAGGGCUGGAUCUGCAGCCUACAUGACAGCCCUGAGUGUUUGGUCAAUGCUGUUCUCACUUCUCACCACUCCUCUGUGAAGUUUCCCUUCUAGCCCCUGAAAGCCAGGACUGACUGGGCCUCAGACCCUGGAGCACCUAAGAAUACCAGAGAGAAAUAUCACUGUCAAAAGGGGUAAAAAGAGAGAAAGAGCUGGGCACUCCAGGUGAAUCUCACCCAGCUCCUUCUUUGCUGAAACCAUUGGUCCCAGGAACACGUUGGCAUCUUUACAGCUUACUGUAGUUGCUCUCCUACCUUUGAGGACUCUGGACAGGGACCAAAGGCUCUAUCCUCCAUUCAAACCAUCUCCAGUCUAGCAAGGAGCAGGGGAUGAAUCGUGCUCAUUGUGGGGCCUCUGGGAGGGAAAGAAGGGGACUAGAUAGAGCCAGAACAGUCCUAACAGGGAUCAGAUGAGUUGUGGCAUCUUCAGAAUUCUGUCUAAAAUGAUUCUCACAGUCCUGGCUCAUCACUAAUGUUCCUAGCAGGGCUCUCCCCCUACAAGGACUGAGUCCUUGAUAUUGCCUCUCACCUCUGAUAUGUCUCCCUACCUAUAUUCCCCAUCAAUGACCCUCCCCCGUUUCCUCACUGGCUCCAAAGACCAGACAUCUUGUUCACUUUUAUCUACCCAGGGCCACAUGGCAAGGGGGGAAAUUUUGUCUUUGACAUGCUCAGAUGCCUGUUUUUGGUUUCUUCCCCACCUCCAAACUAGCCCUUCAACCCCCCUUUAAGGUGGCCACUCUCCUUCUGCUCUUUCUCUAAUCUCCCCUGCCCAAAACUUCUUUUGGGAAAAGACCUUAUAAAUAGCAUUCAUAUGAAGGUAUAAGAGACUGAUAAUAACUUAAACUCUUUGAUUUUAAAUAGGGACCAAAGCCUUAAAAUAUGAUAAUGAAACCAGGGGUGGAAGCCUUAUCAGUACUCUUGAUAUUGUCACUCAUUGGGGGCAUGAAGAUGACUUGGUGGAUUGAGAACUAGGCUUAGGGGCAGGAGAUUUUGGGUUCAAAUGUGACCUCAGACAUUUCCU